AUGGCUCUGCUGUGCUACAACAAGGGCUGCGGGCAGAGGUUUGAUCCUGAGCACAAUGCCAAGGAUUCCUGUCUGUAUCACCCAGGCAUCCCUAUCUUCCAUGAUGCCCUGAAGGGCUGGUCUUGCUGCAGGAAACGCACAACAGACUUCUCUGAGUUCCUCUCUAUAAAGGGAUGCACAAAGGGGUUUCACAGCAAGGAGAAGCCUCCUGAGCCUUUCAGCCAAGAGGAGACCUCAAACAAACCAAAGGCCAAACCAGUGGAGGAGCUCAUCAUCCAAGGACCAAAAUCAGCUGAGAAGAUGCAGAAGGAAAGACCAAGCUCUGACGAGCCGAGACGACCGCUGCCAAUUAAAGUAUCCAGGUCUCUGGAGCAGGCACUGGAGAAACUGAACUUGUCCUCCAAGGAGGAGACACCUGCAGGCACAGCGGCUGGGGAGGUGGCUUCCCAGGUGAGAGCUGGCACCACCUGCAAGAACGCAGCCUGCAAGGCGAUCUACCAGGGCCCAGAGAGCAACACAGAAGUUUGUACUUUCCACCCUGGCGUUCCUGUGUUCCAUGAGGGGAUGAAAUACUGGAGCUGCUGUGGAGUCAAAACAACGGAUUUCACUGCCUUCCUGGAGCAACCAGGCUGCAGCAGCGGGCAGCACUGCUGGACAGGGAAGGGGGACAAGAAGGCAGUGUCGUGCCGGCAGGACUGGCACCAAACCAGCAGCCACGUCGUGGUUACAGUCUAUGCCAAGAACCCCCUGCCCACCCUCAGCAGCGUGAAAGCCAACCGCACGGUGCUUGAGGUUCAUGUCACCUUUGAAGGGAAUAAGGUUUUUGAGGCAGAACUGGAUCUCUGGGGGGUCAUUGAAACAGAGCAGAGCUUUGUGAGCAUGGUCCCUACCAAGGUGGAGAUCACGCUGUGCAAAGGCAGCCCCGGCUCCUGGGCCGUGCUGGAGCUCCCCCAGAGCAAGCUGCACCCCCGCGGCGAGCAGGAGGAGGCUGUGCGGGCAGAGGAGCCCAGGGCGGAGGAGGAGGAGGACUCGGAUGACAGCUUGAGCUGGUCGGAGGAAGAAGACUAG